UGCAACAUUUUCAAUUUUUUCAUCAAAUUUAGCAAUUUUUCACCAAGAAAUUAUGCAAAUAUCGACAAAAUUUUACUACUAUCAUAAAGUAGAAUAUGUCACAAAAAAAACUAUCUCAGAAUCAGAAUGAAAGGUUAAAGCAUCCCAGAGUUAUUAAUGUUUAAAGUGACAGUGGUCAGAUGUGCAAAAAAUGGCCGUUUCCUACAGUGAAAAUUGGCUGGGUCCUUAAGUGGUUAAACAUGCAUGUAUAAACGUGUGUUGUCUUUAUUUUCUAAAAUAAAUUACUAACUGAAAUUCCUGAAUCACAUGAUCAAAAAAUCAUAGGAGUAGCAAUGAGAAAAAUUUUACUGAAAAAAAAAGUUACAUGCUUUAGUGCUUUUAUAAAAAUUAAACAUUGAUUUUGACUGGUUAUUAUGGUAACAAGGUAAAUAUCUCUAUGACAGUUCUGGUAAAUGCAUAACAAUGACAUUGAUGUUCUGUAUGACAACUUGAUUCUUACUAUAUUUUCCAUUUUUUUCAGUUCCAGUGAUAUAAUGACUGGUGGAUACUUUUUACAGUUAAUUAUGUGCCUGGCUUAUUUCUCACAUGCUGCUUCUGAAUUCCCAGAGUUUGUGACCCAACAAACAUUGACUUUAACUGCAUCUCAGUUUUCUGCCAAUGAUACUCCAGAAUUCACCACAGUCUGCUCAAAGAAGUGCAUCCAGCGUGAGUCCCAGCCAGAAGCAUUUUCUGUUGACCAUCAACUUGACUAUGAGACAGCUUAUUUAAAUGGCAGUCGUACGCUGACAACAGUGACAAUAAGAAUGUCUCAGAGUAAUAUAAGGAGGAAAAAGCAGAGGAAUGUCAAAUUUAAACGGAGUCGAAGGCAAAUUUAUGGACCAGAUAACCGCUUUUUCAUCAGAAGUCAGCACUUUCUUAGAGAAUUCCCUUUUGCAGCUGCUGUUCAGGUAUCCACAGGAUGCACAGGUGUGUUAGUAACUGAACGUCAUGUUUUAACAGCUGCUCACUGUAUCCAUAAUGGUCAUGACUAUGUUCAAGGAGCACGUAAACUGCGAGUUGGUUUCCUAAGGUCAGGAAUCCGACCUCUGCGUUGGGUACGUGUUAAAAGCACAAGGAUACCUCGAGGUUGGAUUGGAGCCCCAGCAGAAAUUAGUAUGGAUUAUGAUUAUGCAUUGCUAGAGCUGCGAUGUGCACAAUCCCAACCUCAUAUGCGCCUUGCUGCCUCUCCACCUUUAGAGAACUUGGCAGGAAGAAGAGUGCACUUCUCAGGCUUUGACAGUGACCGGUCUGGAGAGCUUGUUUACAGGUCAUGCAGAGUGCAGCAGCAGACGGCACAUUUGCUUUACCAGCAUUGUGCUGCACGCCCAGGUGCCAGUGGUUCAGGUGUUUAUGGACGACUGCGUUAUGGUGGCCGCUGGGAGAGGAAAGUUAUUGGGGUGUUUUCAGGACAUCAGUGGGUUGAAGUAUCUGGAGAGCCAAGAGAAUAUAAUGUUGCAGUCAGACUGACUCCUCCUAAGUAUGCACAGAUUUGCUAUUGGAUACGUGGAACCAAUGCAAGUUGUGAUAAAUAA